AUGACUAAAACAAUUAGUAUUAUGCUAACUGCGAAGUUUAAUGGAGACAUCCUCAUCAAAAGAUUCUUUAAAGUUGAUGAUAGACAGCAAAAAAAAGACCAAAAUAUAGCAUUGUGUCCAAAAGGAGUUGGAGUCAGCUUGGAGCAAUGGGCAACUUUUAUUGAUUAUAGAUUAAGGUCCAGAACUCAGGAAAUGUGUGAGAAAAAUGCAAGUAAUCGAGAAAAACAAACAAUUCUUCAUACACUCGGAUCCAAGACAAUUACUAGGAAGAAACACGGGUUGGAAACUGCAAACAAAAGAGUUUUUACUAGAACUGAAAUGUAUCCAAUUAGUCAUAAGAAGAAGAAUGGAUCUUUUGUUAAUGAUGAGGCUAGAGAGAAAAGUAAACAAUUAACUUUGCUUCAAGCUAAUGAGAGUUCUACUAAUGAUGCAUAUAUCAAGUUAUUUGGAAAAGGACACCCGGGUCGUGUUAGAGGUUUAGGAUUUGGUGUUUGUCCAUCCCAAGUCAUGAAAUCUUCUAAAGUUUAA